UCCUGGCCAGGCGAGGAGAGUGACUUUUUCCUGUCUCCUGGGGUCAGUCUUGGCACCCCAGGUCUCCUCCGUCCACGCCUAGGAGCAUCCCGCAGCCAUGCUGAAGCAGAUUCUGGCGGACAUGUACGUGGACCCGGAGCUCCUGGCGGAGCUGAGCGAGGAGCAGAAGCAGAUCUUGUUCUUCAAGAUGAGGCAGGAGCAGAUCAGAAGAUGGAAGGAAAGAGAAGCCCCGGUCACUUCGCCGCAGCCAGCAGCAAAGAAAGUCCAUGGGAAAUCCGUUCAGUGGAAGCUCGGAGCAGACGGUGACGUCUGGGUUUGGGUGAUGGGCGAGCAUUCCCUGGACAAGCCAUAUGACCAGCUCUGCAGUGACCUUCUCGCUGAAAAAGUGAAGCAGCAGUCGCUUCAAGAAGCAGGGGCGAUAAGAAGAAACCUAGUGGAAGGCUUCACAGAACAUUCUGCCUCGUCACCUCCGCAUUUUCCAUCAGACACCCAGUUUGGGUCAGAAUCGCAAGGAGGCAGUAAAAACCUCACAAAGUGGGAUGCGUACAAAGUGGUGCAAAAAGAACCAGUUCCUGAAAAUGCCAGAAAUCAAGAAUAUGCCCAGGCUCCCACGAGUAAGCCAAGAGGUAUAGAACAGAUGUUGGCGGACUCUAUCAAUCAUUCAAGGAAGUACGGCUUGCGGCAGAGGAAAGAAGAGGAAAUGAAUACAACUGUGAAUGAGAGCACAGCACAAGAAGUGACGCUGAAUCGCACCUACGAGUCAAUGGAGAAGCUGGACAAGGAAGAUCCUGUUUGGUUGGAAACUUUGGAGCGGGCAAAAGCAGCCGACGAAAGGCGGCGCUCCCUCGCCAGACAGGCCCGGGAUGACUACAAGAGGCUGUCCUUGCAAGGCACCCGCAAAGGAAAAGUAGCGGGGGUUUCCGCGGUUUUUAAGACAGGGGAGCAGAAACGGCCGCUUCCUCCUCCUCCUCUGCCACCGAAACCUAAGCAUCUCAGUGCCGGAAUGGCCAACGGCAAACCAGACAGGAAGCAGGCAGUACAAAGGACUGUCUCCACUUUUACUCAGGAGGCCAUCAUUCGGUGGUUCAAGGAAGAGCAACAGCAUCUCCGAGCUGGUUUUGAGAAAUCCACGGGCCAGGUAGCACCUUGGUUCCAUGGCAUCUUAACCACCAAGAAAGCAGAAGAACUUCUAAGCGGUUUGGCACCUGGGAGCUUCCUGAUCCGGGUCAGUGAAAAGAUCAAAGGCUACGUCCUCUCGUAUUUGUCGGCCAAAGGCUGCAAGCACUUCCUGAUAGACGCUUCCGGGGAUUCGUACAGCUUCCUGGGUGUGGAUCAGCAGCAGCAUUCAACAUUGGCUGACCUGGUCGAUUACCACAAGGAGGAGCCCAUCACAUCUUUUGGAAAGGAGAUUCUGCGUUAUCCCUGUGGCCAGCAAGGGGAGGAGCCAGACUACCUCGAUCUUUUCGAGUGAUGCCUGUCAUUUCCAUCCUCUACCAUGUGAAGAACUUCUCUUGAAUGGAUAGGUGUGGAGCGGGCAGGAGUUGAGCCAGCUCCCUUCAGCUUUUACAACAACAUCCUCGGAGAUGGCGAAGUUAUGGUGCGAGUACGUUUUGCUAACCGAGAAGUGAAAUCUGGAUAGCUGCCGGCAAGUGACGAGAAGAUGCAAAGGAACAGGAAGCAGAACCGUAAAGAAAAUAGCAAAAGAAUAUAUCUAUUUUGAAAGAUAAUUACAGCAAUUAAAACUUUCCAUAGACACUUUUGUCCAGGCUGAAUCCUGCCCUUGUGUAUUCCUGUUCAAUCAGGUGACGUAGAACGUUUCCAAAGUGUAAUUCACAUUUCCUGUAAAUGCUUGAAAAGGUUGUGUUAUUAGCCAAAGGCCACAAAUGCAGAAAUAGGGCUGUCUUCAGAACGUUGAUGCUCCCAUUAGCCAGUGGCAAGUGAAUGUGGACAAGAGCAGUAAGGCCACUGUUAUCAUCUUCAAACUGCCUCCAUUUCCUGCGAUCAGACCCCGGUGAAACCGUGUCCCUGGCUUAUCCCCGUUUUGUCUUUGGAGUGAGUUGUUGGGGUUGGGGGUGCCUUUAAAACACAUCCAUGCAGGAGAGUUCUCCCAGUUUCAGCCCUCUCCAGAACUCGCUUAGAAGCUCAGUCUCUGCAGGUGGCAGAUGCUAAGUGGAGCCCAGCGUGCACAAAGGAAAAUUUGUCCCCAUGCUACACUGCUACUGUCUUCCUUUCGUUACUCCACAGACAUACUGACUGCUUCAGCACCCAAUGCAUUACAGACUGUUGCGGAGAAAAUGAUCAGCAAUGGAUGCUCAUGAUGGGGACUUUGAAUGCUGACUCUGGGUAUGAAAAUAGGGGUGCUAUUUUUUGCUAGUAGAUGUUAGGAGAAAUGUUGCGUUUUUUUAACCAAGCCUUCUUUCUGUAAAGGAAUGGACUCAUCCAUUGCCUGAAUCCCAUUUUAAUUGUGUUCUUCAAUUCACUGUGGAGGGACACCCUUUAUACACUCACGCUUCC